CAAAUUUUAAACUUCAUUUAUAUAGAAACCUUCAGACUGAUGAAUCAUAAGAUGAUACUAUUACAUAUAUGAGAAAAAUAAUAAUACUUAUUGCAAUAGAAAAAAUCUGUUAAACCUAAUUAAGGAAUACUCAGUACCAGAAAGUGGAGUGUUUGGGAAAGAAUAAUCUCAGGGUGAAGAGAAAAAUUAAGAUGGUAAACUUAAAAUUAUGCCAAAAAGUUAGCAUCUUAAGCAAAAUUAAUCUAGUUUUAUUUUUAUGAG